AUCGCUGCGAGUUAGCAAGAAUUCGAUAAUUUGUUCGCAUCACUUCUUCCAGCAGUAGUCUCUUUCGCCCUUCCUUCACUGCUCUUUCGCCGCUCCGGUGACGAGGCACCGGAGUUCAGUUCUGAACAUUUCCUAUUUCGAGCCAUUCACAAUGCUGCAAUUCACAUGCACAAAAUUGGUUCUUUUCACUGUAGCUGGAGUCAUCGUUCAAAUCAUUGGUCUUUCUCUCUUUGUCUUCGGCUUCUUCCCCGUUAAACCCUCUCUCUCCGGCGCGAGUGGGCCGGAAAGUUUCUACGAACCGAUUUGCGAUAUUGUUGAGAAUCGGAAUGUUACGACUUUGCAUCCUGAGCAGCUCAAACACUUAUACCAGGAACUAUCUGGUAUUCCUCCUUCAUUUGAUAGGCUAAUUCUAAUGGUUAUUGAUGGUCUUCCAGCAGAAUUCAUUCUCGGCAAGGAUGGUCAGCCUCCGAGUAAGAAAUUAAUGGAGGCCAUGCCAUUUACUCAAUCUUUGUUAGCAAGUGGAUUGGCAAUUGGUUACCAUGCUAAAGCUGCACCUCCAACUGUUACAAUGCCUCGGUUGAAGGCGAUGGUUUCUGGUGCAAUUGGGGGAUUCUUAGAUGUUGCAUUCAAUUUUAACACACAGGCUUUGUUGGAUGACAAUAUUCUUGAGCAGUUUUUCAGGAUUGGUAGGAAAAUGGUGAUGCUUGGUGAUGAAACAUGGCUUAAGUUGUUUCCUGGAUUAUUUACAAGGCAUGAUGGUGUUAGCAGCUUUUUUGUUAAAGAUACUGUGCAAGUAGAUCAAAAUGUUUCUCGACACUUGGGAUAUGAGCUCAGCAAAGAUGACUGGAAUCUAUUGAUUCUGCAUUAUCUAGGUGUGGAUCAUGUUGGGCAUAUUGGUGGGCGCAGCAGUGUCUUAAUGCCCUCAAAGCUGAUGGAGAUGGAUGAAGUGGUCAAAAUGAUUCAUUCAAGAACCAUGGAGACCCAAGAGAAUAAUCAACAACGAACACUUUUGAUGGUGGUGAGUGAUCAUGGAAUGACGGAGAAUGGUAAUCAUGGGGGGUCUUCAUAUGAAGAAACUGAUUCUUUAGUGCUUGUUAUUGGCCUGAGAAAUCAUGCCUCUGACUAUGCAUCAGCCAUCCAAAACACAGCUCAUCAGGUUGACAUUGCACCAACAUUAGCUCUUCUAUUUGGUGUCCCAAUUCCUAAAAACAAUGUUGGUGUCCUUAUCUCAGAAGCUUUUGAUGCUCUUAAAGAUGACCAACAGCUGAGGGCACUGGAAUUAAAUUCCUGGCAGUUGCUUAGAUUAUUGCAAGAAGAGUUACCAGGUUUACCAUGCCAAAAAUUCCCAUGUGAUGGAUUUAGCAAUCAUCAGGGUUCUUGUACUAAUGAGUGUGAUCAUAGCAUUGAGAGGAAACUUUGUUCCUUAUAUAAGAAUGCUGCAGACCUCCAUAGUUCCUGGAAAUCUAAGAAAGGCUCUCAGUCUUCUAGUGGGAAAGACUACAGCUACACUGUUGCAGCAUAUUACAAGUUUCUGAAAUCUGCAAGUGAGUGGCUAUCAUGCCGAACCACUGAAAAACCUGUAAGCCUACUUGCCGCUGGAGUGGUAACAAUGUUUAUAUCAUGUAUGAUAUUGUUGAGCCUUAUAUUUGGCCUAGUCAGAGAUGUUUACCUCCCAGCAAACAGACAAAUCUCUAACUCUACUGAUAGCAGAGAAAGGUGGUCCUUAGUUGAUAAGUUUGUUCUUGGUGUCGUCUUGAUCCUUAUUAUAAGUAUGGGGUCUAGUUCAAUGGUAGAGGAAGAGCAUUAUAUUUGGCAUUUUGUCUUAUCCACAUAUUAUCUCUUAUUACUUCGAAAAUCUGCACAGUCCCUCACCACAAUAGGCACGCAAAAUUCUUUUAGCUUGUUCAAAGGAGAAAAGGGAAAGAAUUAUUUAUGGUUGCCUUUUGUCAUUAUGCUCCUUAUUUCUGGAAGAAUUUUGAGAGGCUGGCAUCAAGGUGGUGUAAACUGGACUAGUCUUCCUGACAUUUCAACAUGGCUUGAACAGUCUGGGAGUGAUCUUGUAAAGUUGGUGCAGCUAAUCUCAGCCAUCCUGGUGAUUAGCUUAGGCUUGUUUGCUCUACUUUUACUAGGAUCAAAGGGAAAACUUUUUAUGAUGGUCAAGUUUAGCUUUUUGAUAUCUGGAUUAUUGGUUUUGCUACAUAUCCUGAAAUACCAAGAUGACACACUUGCAUCGUCCAAUUUUGGUGCAACAUUUUUGGCACAAGCAAUCUAUGCAAUUCUUGGCACAGCCACACUUGGAACUGUUGUAGCCUUACCAUGGGUUAUUCCCUUAGUAAUAUCUACGAUGAGCUCAAAUCUUAAGAUCCUCUCACCAUCUUUAGUUUCUGUUGGCAUUCAAGAUAAGUUUCCAGUGGUGGAGUUAAGAGAUACUUUAUACAUGAGUGGGUGGGCAUACGUAAUAUUUUGGUGUCUCCUGCAGCUAUUGCUCCAACAGCCUAUUAAUUCAACACCAAUUCUAUUGCUUCUUUUACAAAUAUUGGCCAGCAUUCUGUAUUAUUCUAGUGAUGGGAUGUGUUACAAGGAGUUGGUGGAGGUUGCAGCAUUGUAUUAUCUGGGAAUGGCAGGCCAUUUUGCACUAGGAAACAGCAAUACGCUGGCUACUAUAGAUGUUGCUGGUGCCUUCAUUGGUAUCUCAAGUCACUCAACAUUGCUUUCAGGCAUUUUAAUGUUCAUUAUCACCUAUGCAUCGCCAAUGUUUGUUCUUCUCAGUUUGCUGUUGUACAUUUCCAUGAAGACCACUAGCUAUCUUGUAAUCCCUGAGAAGGCAGAUUCUGGAAAUCUUCUCAUUAAGUUACUUGGUCUUCCUUGUCUGGUUCCCCUAGGCUUGAAUUCAAUUCUAUUGACCGCCUACACUGUCGUGCUGCUAUUAAUGAGGAACCAUUUAUUUGUUUGGAGUGUUUUCUCCCCAAAGUACCUAUAUGUCUGCGCCACAACGGUCUGCAACUAUAUAGGAGUCUGUAUUGUAGCCUCAACAGGGAUUUAUACAUACCUCGUCCUGACAAUCCGACAGAGGCGACAAGUUGCCAUCAAAUAAGCAGAGAUAGUCAUUGAUUCACAAGAAACUGAUUUUUAUUUUCUUAAAUAUACUGCAGAAAGGUUUUUUUUUUUCUUGUAUUUGAUUUAUUCUCCUCUAAUUCAUGACAUGUAUGCAACUAUUACACAAAAUCAUGUAAUGAAAUUUUGAGCUUAUAUUUUAAAAACUUUUUAUGGACUAAAUACUGAUUUUUAUUUUCUUAAAUAUACUGCAGAAAGGUUUUUUUUUUCCUUCCAUUUGAUUUAUUCUCCUCUAAUUCAUGACAUGUAUGCAACUAUUACACAAAAUCAUGUAAUGAAAUUUUGAGCUUAUA